AUGCAGCUGCGCUGGAGCGGCCACCUGGUGCGCAUGGACGACGAGCGACUACCAAAACGACUCUUCUACGGAGGCGUCGCGACGGGUUCUCGCCGUCAAGGAGGCCAGACUCGUCGUUACAAGGAUACUCUGAAGUCCUACCUGAAACGCCUGCAAAUCAACCCCACCAACUGUGAGGAGCUCGCACUCGAUCGACCGACCUGGAGGAGGACAGUGAAGACAGGCGCUGCGAUCUACGAAGCCAACCGCAUCGCUGCCGCCAAGGCGAAACGCGAAGCCCGCAAAUCACAACUUCGCCCAGUACGCAACGCCGCCGCACAACCACUUCCAACUUGUCCUCGAUGUCAACGGACAUUCAGGGCUCGAAUCGGACUUGUUGGCCAUCUUUGGAUUAACAGCGCCUCUCAAACUGCACCAACCAUCGUCCCCCCGCCCGCCUCUUCCGCCUCCUCUCCGCCGCCAACUAACUCUGACAAUUCUUCUGACCCACCACUUCCAUCCUCCUCCUCCUCCUCCUCCUUCUUCUCCUUCUCCUUCUCCUCCUCCUCCUCUUCCUCCUCCUCCUCCUUCUCCUCCUCCUCCUCCUCGCCCACUGCUCCAACGACGGCCGCUCAGGCGACUGUCCAGCGCGCAACAACCGAUGCUACCACCACCUCCCCGACUCCAGCGAUGAGGAUCAGGACUACACCUGCCCUCACUGCAACCGCACGUUCACCUCACACAUCGGCCUGGUCGAUCACUUGUGAAUCCAUCGCACAGAGACCGGCGAACCAGUGCCUGAAGCACCAACCUACACCCGCCGCACUCGCCUCCACUGCCCACACUGCCCUCACACCUUCAGGCAUCGCAUGGGCCUUUUCGGCCACAUGCGCAUCCACGAGAGCGGUCUUUACCGCACUCCCGACACACCCACCCAUCCAACACCUCCACCGUGCGCACCCCCACCCUCGCUCCAUCCGUCUGCGUUACCACCACCACCACCGCCUCCUCUGUAGCUGA